AUGAAAUUUUUGAUUAUUUUGACAGUUUUGGUGAAUUUUGGAUAUGCGUCGAAUCCCAUUGAUACAGUGAGUUAUUUUUUGAGUUUAUCAUAUUUGAAAAAAUAUUUUUUGAAAGAUAUUUGAAGUGAAAUUUUAAACUAACUUCAAAAAAAGUUCACGUGGUAACUUGACAAUAAAGCGAAAAACAUAAGUUUAAAUUCCAUAUUUCGGGAAUACGGAUAAAGUCUGUGUCGGUAACAUUGUUUCCAAAUAAUUAAAUUGAGCAUAGGAUCAUCACGGAUACUGUACUCGCGAAAAAUGGAAGUUGAGCUCCUAUUCUCGCUUUUUUUGGCCAAAUUAUUUGGUUUCGAUAAAAUAAAAGAAAUUACGUAUUUUUUGUCUUUCUUAUUUAAAACGACACAAAGUUUUUGAAGGAAAUCUUCGUAAUUUUUCGAAAUAAAGAAACACUUCAAUUAGAAACCACAUUCCAAUAUUCUCAAAAAUGUGACCCUCAGAAUCAUAAAAUCACACAAACCACGAUUUUUUGUCAUCUCAUCUAGAUAAUCCAAAAAUAACUUCGUUCCAUUGUGUUUCACACAUGUUUUGUCUGACCCCCGAACACUACCGGUUUUUUCCUGUCAGGUCUCGGAACCCAAAGGAUUAUUGAAAUUUUUCUCGAGGUCGUUUUCAGUUUCUUUGUUGUUGAACCCUUUCUGACUGGCCGGAAAAAAACGAGAAAAAACCACAUAAAAUUUUUGGGGGAAAACUUGAUUUCGUAACUUUCUUUCUUUCUUCGAAAAAAUGUGUGAUUAUGAUGAUGAUAAAAAAGAGAAUGAUGAGAUUGAUAAUAGGAAGAAAAGUUGGUUGAUGACCACUACAAACUAUUUUUUGCAGGUUGCUGAUCAAGGCGCGGAUAUUCUAAACCGUGCAAAAAUCAGUGGACAAACAGUUCGACAAUGUUCAUGUGGAGAACAACGUGUUUGUGUUGAGGAAAUGAAAAAACAGGCUAAAGAUUGCACAGUUCCAUGCUUCCAAAAGUUCUCAAAAAUCACACAAAGACCAAGUGAUUUGAAAAAAUGUUUCGAUGAAAAGGAUAAUAUUUUGGAUGAUUUUUUGACAUGUUUCGAAAAUCGAGUUGAAGCGUAAGUUAUUUUUUUGAUUUUCGGAAGUAUUUAUAUUGAACACAAAUACUACAAAUCAGUGUUCAGGCUAGAAUGUAGCUUGUGUUCGGUUCGCAAAACAAUUUUAAUGACUUACAAAAUAAAAUGACCAACCUUGAACUUUACAGCUGUGUCAGUCAUUCGAAUGGUCAACAAAUCCAGAAAACUGACAUUCGUUCGAUCUUCAAAAUUUCCGAAAAAUCAAUUGUCACCCAAACAGCCACCAUUCAAACAAUGAUUGCGCCAAUCAAACAUAUUCUUGAUGCAACUGGCGAUUUUGCACUUUGUGUCAAAGAUUGUUUCCUUGAGAAAAACUCGAAUGGUUUCUGUUUUGAUCGACAAGGAUGCCAACCAUUGGUGGCUGAAGCAAAAGCCAAAAGAUCAUUCCGUGCAUGCACAAAGAAAAUGCACUGGAAACGUGAAGCUGGAGAACUUUGCGAGUGUUCCGUAAACGCAGGUGUUGAGUGAGUUCUACAAAAAAUUAAUUUAUUGAAAUAAUAAAUUUAAAAAUUCAGCGAGCUCAAGCAAUACUGCGCAAUGUUCAAAUUGAUGGGAAGACGAGCCCCAAUGAGAAAAACUCGCGGUUAA